UUCUUGCCUGCCUUUGGUAUUAAGAAGCCCAUUUCACCUGCACAGAAUACCACUCAUUUGCCAUUAAGAGGAUGCUUAAUCUCACCAUUUUGAAUCAGGUUCAUGCCCAUUGACUAACAGAUGACCAACAGAUGAAUAACUCUUCCUCCUGCAUAGAAAUGUCUUUUAGACUUCUGAAGUUUUAGGCAAUGCUUUCUUCUGUGCUGACUGCUUCCCUCCUGUUGAUGAGAAAUCCAGUGUACCAGGAAACUAUAAGAGAGAGUGUGGAGAGAUUAAUUGAGCCCUUAGCAUCUUUAAGUUUACAGAGCAAAUAAUUACUUUCUGUGAUGACAUCACAAGCUUGGGGAGAUGUAUAUAUAUAUAGUGCAGAGUGAGAAGGCUGAGAACCAUCUACUGAACUCAGCAGCAACAGAUCUGCAAGUAACAGGCUAUACAACCAUCUCUGCUAUGAAGACAACAGGGAGCAUUGCCCUUCUUGGGCUCAUGCUUCUCAGCUGCCUUUCUGAUUUUGCUACUGCAAAACGAAGGGCCUCCUGUGGCUCAUACCGGGUGAAUGGAAGGAUGCUUGUUGCCUGCCCCCGCAACUACGAACCCGUCUGUGGCACCGAUGAAGUGACCUACCCCAACGAGUGCAGCCUCUGCAGAGAAGUCUUCCGUAACCAACACAUCGACAAGAAGCACGAUGGGAGAUGUGUUAAGCAGGUUGACUGUACUGGCCAUGUGAAAUCCAGAAACGGUCGUAUGACUGCCUGCACCAUGGAGUACACACCCAUCUGCGGCACCAACGGAGUUACCUACUCAAACAAGUGCCACUUCUGCAAUGCUGUGGCGAACGGACUGGACUUAAAUGUGCGUCAUCAGGGAACAUGCUCUGAGGCUUCCAACAACUCAGAUAUUGACUGCAGCGAGUUCCAGCACAGCAAUAAAAUCUGUCCUGCCAGCUAUGACCCCCUGUGUGGAUCUGAUGGCAAAACUUAUGGAAACCGCUGCCUGUUCUGCAGCGCAUACACGAGGAGCCGGGGAACUCUGUCACUCAGACACAGUGGCAACUGUUGAACUCUGGAGCCAUAUUCUUCUCCCUGAUUUCUCCCUUAUGAAUCCUGCAAUCAGAUAUGCUCUUCCCUGCUCCCCCAACAGUUGCGUGUUAGUCUCUGCUUUGAUUGAUCAAUAAAUUAAAUGCAGCCACUCUCUUUGCCGUGGA